AUGAAACUGGUGAUACUCCUUGUUUGUGUUGGUCUGGUGAUUGCAGCACCCCAAGCACCACGCUCAGAUCCCAACGAAGUUCAAAUUCUCAAACUAGAGUCUGACAACGAUGGUCUUGGUACUUACAGAUUCGCAUAUGAACAAAGCGAUAACUCAAGGAGAGAGGAACAAGGUGAAUUAAGAAAUGCGGGUACUGACGAUGAGUCUAUUGCGGUGAAAGGUUCAUACUCGUGGGUAGCACCCGAUGGAAUUACCUACACUGUCACAUACAUCGCUGAUAACAACGGCUUCCAACCUACAAUCGAACAAGGCCCGGGAGGUGCAGUGCCUCCUGCAGUAAUCGCGUCUCUUGUUGGU